GACCGCUUGCUGGAUGUCUCUGUGUGGUGCAAGAACUGCAAAAACUGCAACGUUUCACAUUCUCGAAAAUCCCCGUUUAUUUUAGGGGUUGACGUCAUCUUGUCCAGGGGAUAGGCUGGGGUAACCUUCGGCUAUUUCUCAUUCCUGUGCAAUACUUCGGGCGCUCGCCAACAGUUAUAUUUCUUAGACCGGCCCUGCAUUUAGGCCUCCUGAUAUUGUUUCUGAAAAAUCAUUGAAAUGGCGGAAAACAGCCCCGUACCUCAAAGCCAGCCCUUGACAGCCAGCCAGGUGUGUAACAACGCUGGGGGAUAUGUCUGGACUUUGGAUGACAUGGACCGUCUACGUCGCUUCCUCUGUCUAGGCUCAGAGACAGGGACGUACUACUGCAAAGCUAAGGAGCUAGGCCUGCAGAACAUGGAGUGCAUCCAGAAACUAAUUGAAGACGGGAGGGGAGAGGAUGUUGUCAAAGAAAUCCUGGAGUAUAGCUUAGAGGGGCGUACCGCCAAACAAGACCCCAUUCUCGUCGCCCUGGUUCAGUGCGCUCGUUGCGAACACGUCAAGGUUAAGCAACAGGCUUACGAGGCCAUGCCCAAGAUCUGCCGCAUCCCGACCACCUUGUUCCAGUUUGUGGAGUUCGUAGAGAAGAUCCAAGGCGGGUUUGGGACAGGCUGGGGGCGGGCCCAGAAGCGGGCAAUCUCCCGCUGGUACAAUGAGAAGAAUCCAAGACAACUGGCCUAUGCUGUGACCAAGUACAGGAAUCGUAAUGGUUGGACUCAUCGAGAUAUUCUCCGGCUUGGACACGUAAAGCCCAAAGAUGAGGUGACUGGCCUGGUGCUGAAGUAUGUGGUUAAAGGCUGGAAGGAGCUUGACAAGUCAGUCAAGGAGGAUGAAGAACACAGUGAUUCUUUCAAGGAAGUCCUGACCUUCUUGAAGGAUGCUGAGACAGCCCGGCUUUCCACAGACCAAACGGAAGUGAUCGCCUUGGUGGAGAAACAUCAGUUUGCCUGGGAACAUCUGCCCACACAGUUUCUCAAAUCAGUUGAUGUCUGGAAGGCUCUGCUUCAAUCCAUGCCCAUGACAGCCAUGAUCCGCAACCUGGGCAAGCUGACCUCCAUCGAGCUCUUGAAACCCCUCACCGAAGAGACAGCGCUGGUCUGCGAACGGCUGCGGGAUGAGAACCGUUUGCGCAAAGCCCGUGUCCACCCAAUCCACAUCCUGGCAGCACUCUACCAAUACAAGAAGGGGAAAGGACACAAGGGCAAGCUGUCAUGGACGCCAGUGCAGACAAUUUGCGAUGCGCUGGAUGACGCUUUCUACAAAACGUUCAAGUUUGUUGAGCCAACCGGCAAGCGUUUCCUGCUAGCUCUGGACGUCAGUGGCUCCAUGAGUUGUAGUGGCGUCAACGGAAUUGAGAACAUCAUGGCCCGAGAAGCAUCUGCUGCUAUGGCGAUGGUUACCAUGAGAACCGAGCAGAACCAUUACAUCAUGGCUUUCUGUGAUCAUCUGGUGGAUGCUGGAAUCAAUUCCAAGAUGAGGCUGGAUGAAGUCAUCCGUACUGUCAACUCACUCAAUAUGGGAGGGACAGACUGUGCUCUGCCAAUGAUCCACGCCAGAAAGAAGAAGAUCCCUGUGGAUGUCUUCAUUGUCUACACGGACAAUGAGACAUGGUUUGGUGAUGUCCACCCGUCCCAGGCGCUGCGCGACUACCGCAAGGCAAUGAAAAUUGACGCCAAGCUGAUCGUGGCCGGUAUGUCAGCCACCAGCUUCUCCAUUGCUGACCCGGCAGACAAAGGCAUGCUAGACAUUGCGGGGUUCGACUCGAACUGCCCUGACCUGAUACGCAAUUUUGCCCUGAAUUUGGUAUAAGUGGUGUCAAUGGGAACUUUGUACAGAGCAGCUCAAUAAGAAGCCUCAGGCAAUAGGAUGACCUUUCAAGGGGCGGGGCUUACAGCCAGCAGGUUGGGGGGUAAUAGGCUACACGAAAAAACUAAUGUCUGUCUUGAAAGGUACAUGUAAAGUAAACAGUUUAAGACAUUUAAGCAACAUCAUUUUAACUUUUCAAGAAAUAAAUUUGAAUGAUAUCAUUUAAAAACCAAUUUUUAAGAUGUCCAGUUUUAUCCAUAUUUAAUCAUCAGUCGCAGUGCAUUAGAGCCAAAUAUGAAAAUUAUUCUUGAAUUUUCAUGUAUGUUGUAUGUUACUUAUGUCUGCUACAUACAGUGUAAGCCUUUUUGCUUGUGCAUGGUCAGCCAUAGCAGUUGCCAGUCUUUAAAAAGCAGACUGAUACAUUUUUCAAAGUGUUGCCUAUAAGUACCAAUAGUGAGCCUGAUGAAAAAUCUGCAGUGCCCAGCAGCGUCAAAAUUAGCUUGGGGAUUUUCUUCAGUGCUAGAAAUUAGUGCAGGCUUACAGUCUUCUAGCCUACAUUGUAUUUGUCCUGAAAUCGCUUUACAUAAACCUUUUUAUGUUGUUAUAUUGUAAACUAUGUUUUGUGUCUACUUUUGAAAAAACAAGUGUGAAAAAAGUGCCACAUCAUCUGUGAGAUAGUAAAGAGCUUCACCUGUUUAGUCGAGUACAAUUUUGAAUUGAAGUGCAGAAGUUCAGAAAAUCACCUACUGAAAAGAUGACUUGUUCAAGCCAAGACAGUUUGGGUUUGUUCCUAACCAUUUGACUUGUGUCUGUAGUUUUUGGAGGAAUGGAGUGUGUCAAAAAUUGUGUAAAUGUUCCAACUUCUUUUAAAAAAUAAAUGACGUUUGUAAUUGAAAGGCAAUGAUAUGUAAGUUAUUCACUGUUUUGAUUAAGGAUUAGGUAUAUUGGGGAAAGUUGACAAAAACUUUCACGAUGAAAGGUAAUUAAUUAAAUAUUUUAAGGAUCAGGCAUGUUGGAGGUUAUCUUUGGUCUUUUAAUGUUCAUUUUAACUUGCAAAUGAAACAACACAUCGAUAAUCCAACUGUGAUUUUGGUAAAUACAUGUUAUAGAAUGCCUGUCUUUUAAUGAUUUAUGGGUAAAAAAAGGAAAUUUACAGCAGAUUUAAAGUAACUUUUCUCAAAUACCAACGGCGUCAUUUGCCUGUCUGAUUGAAGGCCAUUUCAUGGCUGUGUAAUGCAUGUUGUUUGCUGACUAAUACUUUGCUGCACAGAUAACGGAAUUAGGCAUGUAAAUGUAUUUUGAAAAGUGAGGAAGAUUUACAUUGUGCAUAAUCACAUUUGCAAUAUCAUAACUUGGGGAAAAUGGAAUUUCGGAUUCAAUUUGUAAAUCCAUGCCACAUCUUAGUUUAUAAAUACAUAUACAUGUACUUGGUUUGUAAAAUGAUAUUCAUGUUUGACAUAUGUGUCCACUAGGUCAUAUUAGGGCUUUAUGUUGCUAGAGGGAGUUUUUAUUAACUUUUGAAAGUUGUAAUAUGUAACUAAAGUUUUGAGGAAAUAGACAACAAAAUAUUUUUUAAAUGAUAGAUUAAACAUAUUUGCUGCAGAAGUUGAUUUGAAAUCUGAUUCAGUCCGGAAUGAAUUGUACCUGAAUGAACUCUUUGUGUAGAAGGAACAAGAGUGUAGAAUGUUUUCAAAUAAAAUGCAGAAAAACUCCAA